AUGCCAGGACCUCGUUGGUGUACUUCACUCUUACACUUUUCUGCUCUAUUGAAUCUCUGCACCGUUUGCAAAAUUCAUUUCGACUGCGCUUCAUCUGCAAAAUCCUGCGCUCAACUAAUUAUGUUCAUGGGAAACGUCACAGCCGAACUUCUUGCCGACUGCGCUACACCGGCCAUUAUUGUCUUGUUAGGUUCUAAAUAUGCAAUAAUUUUAUUAUUAUUAUUAUUAUUAUUAUUAUUAUUAUUAUUAUUAUUAUUAUUAUUAUUAUUAUUAUUAUUAUUAUUAUUAUCGUCUAUUAUUAUCCUUGGCCGCUGA